AUGUAUUUGCAUAAACUUUUGACUGUGUUUCUGCACUUGGAUUUUAUUCGAAUGGCAGUUGCUCACUGUAUGGUACAUCAGAUUCCAGCGUCGAGCUUUAUGCUGCCUUGCAUGUCACCGAAUGAGACUUCUGUCAUUCCUUUGACUGCUGGUGUUGUAGCGAGCGGUCCUGGGUUGCACAGAGAGCAUGGAACUGCUGAAACCAACUCUCUGGUGCUGGUGGCUGAAGAGAGUUUCCUCUGUUGCCUUUGGGGUGAAACACAUGCAAAUUGUUCUUUGUACACAGCAGGCAUGGAAACAAAAAAAUUUACGUCCUCAAAAAUAAGUAGCUUAGCUCCUCAGCAAACAGAUUUAAGCUGGAACAUUCAAUGUUGGACUAAAGGAGACCUAGAACUGUUCGUUUGUAUCCUGAAAUUGUCUAACAAGAAGUCGUACUUGAAUGGAGAAUUUAAGAUUAAUCUUUUAUAUGUUCUAUCAGAGUUGUCAUUGGAAGACAUGUCUACAGGUUCUCUAAAAGGCAAUUUCAUGGUUACUCCCUGCAACUGCAAUGGGUCUGACAAGUACGAAUGUCACAUACCUUCACUGAAACUCAACUACACUUAUAUUACAUGGUUAAACAUCAUAAAUGGGGUAACACUUCUUCAGUCACCUUUAAUGUCGGUCAGACCCAUAAAUAUUGUAAAGCCUGAACCUCCAUUGAACCUGCGACUAGAAAUGACAGACAAAGGACAGUUAAAGAUCUGUUGGUCCAACCCAGUACUAACACCAUAUCCGCUUCAGUAUGAAGUGAAGUUUUCUGGGAACGCUACUCAAAACGCCUGGCAGGUGGUUGAGAUUGUCAUAGAAACCUCCCUCAUCAUAGGCAAUAUGCUGGUUGGUUCUUCAUAUUUAGUUGAAGUACGGUGCAAGAGUCUUCAUGGUCCAGGAUUCUGGAGUGAUUGGAGCACACCUUAUAAUUUAAACACAGAAGAUGUCAUGUACCUCCCUCCUAAGAUACUGACGAGUGUUGGUUCUAAUGUUUCCUUUCAUUGCCUCUAUAAUGAUAAAAACAAGAUGAUUUUGUCGAAGAAGAUUGUUUGGUGGCUGAAUUUAGCAGAAGAAAUCCCAGAGAGACAGUAUACACUUGUGAAUGAUCGUGUUAGCAGAGUUACUCUUUUCAACUUGAGUGCAACAAAACCUAGAGGAAAAUUCUUCUAUAAUGCAUUAUACUGUUGUAAUCAAAACAGGGAAUGUCAUCAUCGAUAUGCUGAAUUAUAUGUAGUAGAUGUCAAUAUCAAUAUCACAUGUGAAACUGAUGGGUACUUAACUAAAAUGACUUGCAGAUGGUCCGCAAACACAAAUACAUUGCUUGUGGGGAGUUCUUUACAGUUAAAAUACUACAGGAAUAGUAUCUAUUGUUCUGACUUUCCAAGUAUUCCUCCAAAGUCGGAGGUAAAAGAAUGCCAUUUACAGAGGAAUCAUUAUUACGAGUGUACAUUUCAGCCUAUUUUUCUUUUAUCUGGAUAUACCAUGUGGAUAGAGAUAAAGCACCAACUAGGAACACUUGAAUCCCCACCAACCUGUGUCAUUCCAGCAGAUGUGGUGAAGCCGUUUCCUCCCUCUAACGUUAAGGCAGAAAUCACCAAGAAUGUUGGGCUGCUGAAUGUGAGCUGGACAAACCCAGCAUUUCCGAACAGCGAUCUUAAGUUUCAGAUUCGGUACUCUGUGAACAGGGAAGAAAUAUUAUGGGAGAUAUUUGAGGUUUCAAAUGCACCAACAAGAUCAGUCAUGAUAAAGGUACUGGACCUUUGUGUUGUAUAUAUUGUUCAGGUGCGCUGCAGUGGACUAGAUGGAUUAGGUUACUGGAGUGAUUGGAGUAAACCAGCGUAUACCAUUGUACAGGAUAUUCAAGCUCCCCUGAGAGGUCCUGAAUUUUGGAGAGUUAUUAAUGAAGAUCCCAUAAGGAAGCAGAAAAAUGUUACUUUAGUUUGGAAGCCAUUGAUGAAGAAUUACUCAUUAUGCAGUGUGUGCGGAUAUAUUGUAAAGCAUCACACUUCAGAAAACAUCACUUGGACUGAAUAUGUCACCAAUGGCACUACCUACACAUAUCCAUGGACGGAGGAUGCAGACACCAUUACAAUUCUAGCUGUUAACUCAGUUGGAGCUUCCUCAAUGAAUUUUAAUUUAACUCUGUCACAGCAAAUGAGCACAGUGAAUAUCGUGCAGUCACUCAGUGCUUAUCCAGUAAACAGCAGUUGUGUAAUUCUGACCUGGACACUUUCACCUCAAAUGUAUGUGAUAACGUCUUUUGUUAUCGAAUGGAAAAACCUUAAUGAGGAAGAACAAAUGAAAUGGAUACAAGUUGCUCCAAAUAUUAGCAAAUACUAUAUUUAUGAUCAUUUUAUUCUUAUUGAGAAGUACCAGUUUAGCCUGUACCCAAUAUCCCCUGAAGGAGUAGGCAACCCCAAAACGACUGAUGAAUUCAUCAAAGAUAGGAGUGAAAAACGGAAUGAUGCAGGCCUCUAUGUGAUUCUACCAAUAGUUAUUUCAUCCUUCGUUUUGUUGCUUGGAACUUUGCUGAUCUCGCAACAAAGAAUGAAGAAACUGUUCUGGGAGGAUGUUCCAAACCCCAAGAACUGCUCCUGGGCACAAGGAGUUAAUUUUCAAAAGCCUGAAACUUUUGAGCAUCUUUUUAUCAAGCAUCCUGAAGCAAUAUCAUUUGGGCCUCUUCUUCUGGAGCCAGAAAUAGUUUUGGAAGACAUCAAUGUUGCUAAAGCACUGAAAAGUGAAGACAAGCAAGAUUUAUUAGCAGUUGAUUCAAUGUUCACAACGAUUCAAGACUCUGAGCAUGACUCGGCUUGUUCUAGCAGCCAUUUCAGUAACAGCCUUUUUGAGAGUUCCCAUGAUGACAAAGUCAGUGAAGGAAUUACGAGACAGUCCAAUGUUAAGUAUGCUACAAUUAUCAGUAACUGCAAAUCAAGUGGGCUUUAUGAAGAGCAAAAUAAUCUAAGUGGUUCAUUUAAUGGAUGCUUCCUAGGUGAAGAUUCCUUAGUUACAGAUCCUUUCUCUAGAUCAUGGGAGGUGGGAAAUCAGGCAUUUCUAAUAUUACCUGAUCAACAUCCGAGCCAAGCUAGCAAAACUAUAUCCCUUUCUGUUGUUUCUUCUGAGGGCUUUUCAGAACCUUCAGACCAUGAUGACACUUUCAGUGAUGGAGACAGUCCUGAGAGGAGCCUUUAUUACUUAGGGCUAACAUCAAUUAAAAAAAAUGAAAAUGAUAUUUUUUUAACAGAAAAUUCUAGAGUGAUGUGUCAUCUUCACACAAAUGGUUUAUUCAAAGACAUGGGGUUUCUUCAGGAUACUUCUUCCGAUUUAAAUCCCUUUAUCAAAAAUAGCCUUAAAUAUGAAAACUCUGUUAAAACUUUUGUACCAUACAUGCCACAAUUUCAGGCCACCACCAUUAAACUACAAGAGACAACAGAGACCAAAACUUAA